AUGGCAAACCGGUCCGCUCCUGCUCCUCGCGCUGGUGGUGCAAAUAAGACCUGCCAGUUCAAGCUUGUACUGUUGGGCGAAAGCGCUGUUGGUGAGUUUGGUAUGGCAAACCGGUCCGCUCCUGCUCCUCGCGCUGGUGGUGCAAAUAAGACCUGCCAGUUCAAGCUUGUACUGUUGGGCGAAAGCGCUGUUGGUGAGUUGUUUUUCCUUGGCUUCGCUUUCUGA